AUGGUGUUCAGUCAAAGUAAGCUGGAUCUUUGUUUUGAAUGUAUCGUGGUCUUUUAUUUAAGAGUGUCACAUGAUAAUCGAAAUGUUUCUUCAAUCGGUAAAACAUUGAAUUCUUUAACCAAUAAAAAAUUUUGUCCGAUUAAAUCACAUCUAUAUUCAUCUACAAAAAUGUCUAAAAAAAAUAAAGUAUUAUCUAAAAAAGGAAAAUGGAUAAAUAAUUCUACAACAAGAUAUCAACGUGCAAUAAAUAUUCCCCUACAAAAUGAAAUGAAAGUAAAAAAAAUUGAAUGUAAAGACUAUAUGGAAUCCAUCGAUAAUAAAAGUUAUGAUGAUAUGAAUGAUGACAAUCCAAUUAUUAUGUUGCGCAAAGAAAUACAAGAUUGGAGAAUUAAUGAAAUAUUAACAUCUAGAACUGAAGAAAGACUUACAGGAACUCCAAGCGAACAACAUAGUUGCAGUUAUGUUGCUUCCGGAGAAACAACAAAAAGACAACAAAGUCCGAAUAACAUUUCUAAGAUCUCUACAAUGUGUGUUGAUUUUCCAGCAGUCACAAAGAAACGUGAUGUCCUGGAAUAUUUGGAUUUGUGCACGGAUCCGCCCGUUCCUUUGCCCGCGUCUUGUCAUUCAAAAAUACACUCAUAUUCGCAUUCUGCGUGCGAUUGUUAUUGCAAAACUCGUGUGCCGAUAGCGCGACAAAGGGAGGAAAUUCAAUCUGGAAGAAGUUGCAUUAGAUGUUCUAUAUCUAAAACGAAGACUACCAGAAGUGGAAACAAAAUUCCUUUGCUUUCUUCAAGAGUUAUCGACGAUGAACCUCUUGAUACCAAAAGAUCUGUGACAACACUUCCAGUUUCUCCAAUUCUUAGUCCAGAGACAUUGGCAACUCUUGAGAGCGUAGAAAAAUUAAUCAAAGAUGCCGAGAUUCAAAUGAAAGAAAUAAGCAUGACUACAAGCUCUGGUCGUUUACAAAAAUGCACAACUAUAUACACAGAUGAGGCGCCGCUCGACGACGAAAAUGAUCAAUUAUUAUACAUCCGUGAACGUGUCGCGUUUAAAUUUCAAGAAGCGAAUGGAUGGAUCGAUAUCGAAAGCCAACAAUCAUCUCGUGAGGAGCUCGUGGCCAAGACAAAGAGAAUCGUCGAUCUUUCCGCGCCAAAAUUCAAAACUUCUGACGAUCGUUAUAAGGAAUUCUCACAGCAGAGAAGGCUCGAUAUUCAAAAAUUCGGACUUUCGUCUUUUAUGGGUGAUACACGCGAAAAUAACGAGAAGAAGAAAGACGAGAAUCGGAUACGUUCCUCUAAACACGAAAACGAGAAAGAUAGAAAGAUUAGCACGUUUACUGUUCAGGCUGGUCCAUCGGUGAAUAUAAAAGGGGAACUGAUUACACAAAAUUUGGAAAAUAUUCAUAUAUCACCGGAUUCUUCUUUUGUGCAAGAGAAUCCAAAUGUUGGGACUUAUAUGAUUUGUCACGAUUUUUGCAAAAAGAAUGAAUUCUCUCCUAGAAAGAAGGAGAAAGUUGUGAGGAUAUCGGAUGAUAAUAGUGGUAAUAGUAAAAAUAGUAUGAGAUCGACGAAUGGGAAAUCAAAGAAAGGAAGCUCGAAAGAUGGCGAUGAGAUUGGUAAUGGAGCAGAAAUUUCUGAAAAAUUGGAGAGGACAGAUAUUAUAUCGAAAGAGUGUUCCGGCGUUUUCGUGGAAAAUAAUGAAAAAUUAAUCGAAAAUAAAACAGAGGAAUCGUUAAUGAAGAAUCUUGAGAAAAAAGAAAAUCUUGAAUCAACGAUGAAUCUUAAAUUAACGCAAUCCAACGAUAAAUCAAUACAGAAAAUUUCAAACCUUAAAUCGGAGAAUGAAACUGUGGAAGAAGAAGCAGACAAUUCAAAAAUAUCUUUCAAAAAUGAUCAGAAACAAAUACGAUUCGAUGAACAGAUCUCGAAACCGAGAAAUCGUGAAAAGGAAAAGGAAAUAUGUUCAAAUUUGAAACAAGAUUCAACGCGUAUUUUAGAAGAUAAUAACGAGAAAUUUAAAUAUUCUUUAUCUUUGGCAGAUUCUAAAAUAAAUGAUGAUGAAUUACCAUUACCAAGUAACAUAAUUGAAGAAAUAUACAAGAUCAACAAAAAAAGACACAAAGAGAUUUGUGAAAAACGAAAAACGGAGAAAGAGGAAGAACGGUACAAGGAGAUAGAUAAACGUUUCAGUAAUAUCGUUAAAAAAUAUUGCGACAAAGAUGAGAAACUAGUCGAAAAGUCGCAAAUUGAUAAAGAAAAUUCUGAUCACAUUUUGUCUCUGAGUAUAAUUUCCUCGGAAGAUUCAGAAGAAUCGGAUGAACUUUACACCCUGUACGAGCCUCCUGUAGAGGAACUGGAUGGUGUUUUAUCCUCUUAUAAUAAAAUAAUCGACAAUAUCGUUCAAUCCACGAAAACGAUCGAUAAAUUUCUUUCGCGACCGGAACUUGAGGAAUAUCAAAUAGAUGAUACAACAACGAUAAAAACCAGUAAAAAAGUGAUUGAUCCUGUAUCAUUGAGCAAAGAAAAAAUUUAUAAAAAAAGGAAAUGCUCAGCUGAAUCGAGAACCAAACAAAGCACGGUAUCGAAGAUAAAAAACUCAAUAAUUAAAGAUCGAUUACCAGGGACGAAUAAAAAUAUUAGGAAAGAAUGGGAUGUGAAUAAAAUGAAACGGGUUAAAAGUACAAUAUUUACAAAAAAAGAUCACGAUUCGAAAAAAAAGUAUGCUGCUCCAAAAAUCUCGAAUAAAUUUCCAACAAGAUUGAACUCGUUAAUGAAAGAUCGAUUGAGCGUUUGGAAGAAAUUCCCGCAAGAAGAAACGUCUGAAUCUAACGAAAAUAUUAGCAAAGAUGGGAAAACAAUAGGAAUUAAUGCCUCAAAACAAAUUCCUCGUCACAAAACACGUUUAUUUCGAAUUGUAAACGAUAGCUCGAAUCUUACCGCUUCCUCUAACUAUCCUCAAUCCUCCAGUAUUGACACGAAAAACGGAAAUGACACGAGAAUAACGGAAGAAAUCUCAAAAUCGUUGAUCAAUGACGAGAUUCGCGAAAAGACAACAAUUUUGAAGAUAAAUUCGUUGAAAGAUGAUGAUAAAGAUGAUGAGGUUGAAGAAGGAAAUUUUGAAACGUUGCAAAAUAUUGUUUAUUCGGAUAUUUUGAAACAGGUUGUACCGAAAGCGAGAUGCUCGAGAAAUUUAAUCGCACGCGUUCUUCAUGAAGAAACGCGAUUAAUAGAGGAUAAAAUAAAGAAUAUUUUUAACGUAAAUGAGAUCGUACCAUUGAUACUGAAAAACUUGAAAAGCGACGAGACGAAUUUUGAGAAUUUGAAAUUGCUAAAUGUCGAAGAUUCGAAUAAUGUAGGUUCAAAUGAAAUUCAAAUAGCACAAAUAGUUGAAGAAACGGAAUCGAAUGACGAGAAAAUGAGAUGUGAAAAACAAGAUUUGCAAUUAGAACAUCUGCCAAGUGAAGGAAAUUUUAGCGCGGUUGAAACUAUUAAAUAUUGCGGAGAAAUUAGAGAAAUGAGAGAAAAUAUUUUGAAUAAAUCUGAUGGAAAAAAUUCUAUUCUCAUUGAAUCAAUUCCUAAUUCGGAAGAUGAAUUAAAAUGUAAUCAAAGUAUAUCGCAAUCUAAAAAUGAAAAUAUUCGAGACGAAGAAGUAGAUAAAAUAAAUUUCAAUAUUGAUUUAAAAAAAAAUGCAGAAACUGAUAAUAUAAAUAAUAUUUCUAAAAGAAAUAAUGAAAAUAUUAUUUCGAAGGAUAUUGAUAUACAAAGAAAGGAAAUCAAUAAUGAAAAUUUAAUUUCUACAAAAAUUGUAUCGAACAUUGUUGAUGAAUCAAAUGAAAAUAAAAAAUAUAAUGCAAUGUAUAUAAAUGAAAAAAUAAAUUUGCGUAAUGAAGAUACAAAUUUAGAUGGCAUUAAUAAAAUAUCAUUGAUAAUAAAUGAUGAAAAAACUGAAAAUGUUAAACAUAAUGAUUUUGAAAUUUCUGAUAAAAGUCCUGAUUUAAAAAAAGAAAAAUUUGUCGAAUUACAUUCUAUUAAGAACACAGAGAAAAAUGAUAAACAAUUUGAUAAUAAUUUUUCACAGAUUUCAUCAUCUAAUUCUUUGCAUAAUUGCAUAUCACUUCGAUCUUCGUCAAAAAAUCUUUCGAAAACGUCAUCGAAUAAUCCAGAAUUUUCACAGAAUAUGAACGAAUUUAGGCACAUUACUGAGUCGAGUGUCGCAAUCGAUGAUAAAAUAAGAAAUAAUUUUUCAUAUAAUCUAUUGGAAAAGAAAAGGAUUUUAUCGAAUGUGUAUGAUGAUCUAGACAAAAAAUUUUGUUCUACAUAUAUCGAUACCAAUUACUCGAAUUUAUUCAAUCAAGAAUAUAGAUUAUCUAAUGGUAUAUCUAGCAUAUCUACGAUAGAUUCAAAUAAGAUCGAAAUUUUAUCCGAUAUUUCACGAUCUGAAGGAGAAUUAUACAUGCCAAGUUCCAGUUCAUAUUCUCUUGGAGAAGUUCGAAUGUUGACAAAAAAUCAAUCAGAUGGAGAAAACACAGUUGAUUUUGACAAAAACGAUCCUAUUUACAUUACAAAAGAAAUGUUAAUUUCUUGGAAUGAAUCUUCAAAAUCUCUUACACAAAGCAUAGGAGAAAUUUAAAAUUGCUGAUUUGAUCAAAAAUCCGUCAUGCUACAUUCAUCAUCAAUAUGAAGUAUAUUGCAAAUAUUGCAAUUGAAGAUGCAACGGCGGUGACAUAUUCUGUAAUAUUUAUGACUUCAAAGAAUCAAUAAAUACAUGAUGAAAAAUAUUACUAAAAUAUUGUAAAUAGAAUUAUAAUUUUAGAUAAUUAUAUUAUAUAUUGAAUUAUUAUAAGUUUCGUGUAAUUAAGCAUAAAUAAUGUGGAAUGUGCUUGUCAUUGUAAUAUCGCUAACCUGUGAUCAUUUAUCAUAUAUUUUAAAAUAAAUAACAAUAAUU